AAUCACUCUUCCCGAAAUCGCGUCAAUUUGCGUCUGGUUGAGCGCUCUGUCGGUACAUCCUCCUGGCCGCCAGGUGUCGCUGUGCGGCGGGAGUCGGCUCGGUGUGGCCGGCGUGUCCGCUCGCUCAGGCGCCGUCUUCUCGGCGCGGUUGUGAGGAGGGGGAUUCUCUUGUGGCGGCGCCGCCGAACGGAGAGCGGAGGCAAGAUAAGAUGGAGAACGAGGGGAACCCGCACUGUCCUGGAGACAAACACGAGGAGGAGGAGCGCCUGGAGAAAGAACACUUCUGGAAAAUCAUUAAUGCUUUUAGAUAUUAUAGGAUUUAUGCUCACGAGAGGGUAACUCGAUCUGAAAAGCAAUUCCAGUCUCUCCCAGCUGCUCAUCAAAAGCUGCUUCCGAAUUUCCUUCCUCACGUGAAAAGAUUAAGACAGUGUAUUGAACAUAACUAUGAGAUUCUGAAAGCAAUUAUCAACAACUGUAAUCAUAUGUUUGAAAAUAAGGAAUAUGGAGUCAUUGAUAUGGAGGCUGACUUGGGACAAUUGAAACCAGCAUCUACCUUUGACAUGGACAAAUUGAAGUCUACCAUUAAGCAGUUUGUGAGAGAUUGGAGUGAUGAUGGCAAGGCUGAACGGGAUGCUUGUUAUCGACCAAUCAUUGAAGAAAUUGUAAAACAUUUCCCUCCGGAUGAAUGCAAUCCUGCUGACAUGAACAUACUUGUACCAGGAGCAGGACUUGGAAGACUAGCCUGGGAAAUUGCUAGACUGGGUUAUAGCUGCCAGGGUAAUGAAUGGAGUCUAUACAUGCUCUUCUGUUCACAUUUUGUACUCAACAGAUGUACUGGAGUUAACACAAUGACACUGUAUCCCUGGAUACAUCAAUUUAGUAACAACAAGCGAUCAGCUGAUCAGAUUCGACCAGUCCAUUUUCCAGAUGUUAACUCUCAUAGUCUUCCAUCUCACACUAAUUUUUCUAUGACAGCUGGAGAUUUCCAGGAGAUCUAUACAGAGCCAAACACAUGGGAUUGUGUAGCAACAUGUUUCUUCAUUGACACAGCACAUAAUGUUGUUGAUUACAUUGAAACAAUAUGGAAGAUCCUGAAACAUGGUGGGAUAUGGAUAAAUCUUGGUCCUUUGUUGUAUCAUUUUGAGAAUAUGGCAAAUGAAAAAUCAAUAGAACUAAGCUAUGAAGACAUCAGGCACUGCAUACUUCAGUUUGGGUUCAAAAUUGAGGUGGAAAAGAACUCUGUUCCAUCAACAUACACAGAAAAUGACCAAUCUAUGUUAAAGUAUCUUUAUGAUUGUGUCUUCUUUGUAGCCAGAAAACCUUUACAUUCGCCAUCUCUUAAUGGUUUUCCACCAGUAAACAGUUGAGAAAGGGAAUGUUGACUUUUCCUGUGAUAACAAGACUGCAGAAUAUAAAACCGAGAAAGAAGAGGAGUUAAGUUAGAGGUCUGGACAAUCUGAAUGAUUCCAGAGACCGUCGUACUCUAAUCGUGCCUUUUUCUUUUUAAAUCGACUUCAGGAAUUCCAAACUAUCUCAGCAGUUUCAUUUUGGGCGUCUAGAAAUGUGCAAUGAAAUAAAGAGUUAUCCAUAUAAUCAGCAAAACGAGCAAAGUUAGAGAAGAACGAAAAGAAAAUCUAAUGUCUAACGUUAAUUUGCUAACUGUUGCUGUUAGCAAGGUGUCCUUUGUAUGCACAGUAUUCCAGACUGUUUUAUCAAGAUAUGAAUGAACAUGCAGUAACUUACUUCCCACUGUCUAUCAAGCCAAUUCGUUUCCUCCAUUCCAUAAUUUUCAGAAUAUUUAAUGAGGUUCCCUCCUCCCCAUAGCCCACAUGCUAACACAGGCACACUUACUCCACCUUGGCAAAGUGGAUAACUUUCUUGAACCAUCUCUACAUCUUAUCAUCUUUGAUAUUGGAAUAUUAAUGAAUGGUUGCAGUUCUCAGUGGGCUUUGAGUUUGUUGAAUGUGUGAAACUCUUUUAGCUAGGUACCUUUGCAGUUACAACUGAUGACGUUUUUUCCACUUGAAGUAUGAAUGGUGUAAAAGGGGAAGUGACUGCAUUUUGAAUUAGGUCGUAGGAAUUCAUUUUUUGCUGUGGUUUGACUAAAAACAACUUUGUCACUCUGUCAUUGUACAAUGUUGACAAUAUGGCAUUUGAAUUGAUGACUGACUCAAUGUUAGCAUUCUUUCAUGCUCCUUGGCUUUGUGCUUACUGUGAUUUAAAACUCGUUAGCUGCCAUUAUUCUAAUGGAAGCAACUUGUCAGUUUACCUAUAAUUAAUUUACAUGUUCAAUGUUGUUUCCUGUAUAGAAUCAUUUUUAAAAGUCCAUUGAUAAUGAAAUGAAUGAUGUACGUAUCCAGUUUGUCUUUGUUUGAAAAAUGACUUGGUCUCUUUAACAUUUGGCUUUGCAUCGUGCCAAAACAAACACCAAGUAUUCGUACAUACGUUCUUCAUUCAUUGAUUCAGUCAUAUUUAUGUACAUUAAUUGUACUUGGCAAUGUUUGACAGAAAAGGCUUUGUAUGAGGCCAUGCCAAUCAUGCAAUUUGAUUGCAAGCACCUGACCAUUAUAAUGGUACACAGAAUGAACCCAUCCUCACCAGAUCAUAUUGAUAGAAACACACAGGCUGGAGGGUAUUUCAAAACCAUAAAGAUAUUUUAGGAUUAGGUUAAUAGCUCAAGCUUUUCACCUUAAUGCUGUCAUGAAACCCAUUGCUGUCUAUGUGUUAUCCAAGUCCUAAGUAUCAAAUCUCAAUUUGACGUUACAGGUGGUAUUUCACAGACAUGUAACAGUAAAACAAAAGUGCCAUUUAAACUACUUUGUUCAUAUGUUGCAGUACAGUUUUAAAAAGUCCCACAUUAUGACAGGUUAUAACAGGAUAUUCUUGUUGAUAGUAUAUUAUGAAUAAGAGUAGAUAUCAUCACUACUGUGUAUGUUCUGCUGACUCAGGGAAUUCCAAGUUGAGUACAGUUUAAGAGCAAUUGUUGGUGAUUGGGCACUUUGUGUACAGUGUGCAGGAAUUUUCCCAAUAACUUUAACGAAAAGGUCUUGCACCCGUAAUUACCAUGCCUGUAAUACAAGGCUUUUUAUAUUGUCAAAUGCAUUUUAAGUGGCAUUGGUUUACUAUAUUUGGCCCUUAAGAAUGUUGACUGAAAUAAGACAAAAUUGAACUUCCAAGAAAAUGUCAACUUAAAGAUUUCCACAAGAUUAUCCUGAUGUUCUAUUACUUCACCAGAAACUUAACUGGAUCCAUCGAGACAAUUUAUUAUAAAUUCAACCAUAUAUCUGAAAACACACUGAAAACAAAAGUCUUAAGAUUGAAGAGAAAACAAGUACAGAUGUAAUCUGUUGAUCUGGAAUGUUUGCAGUAGUUAUAACUGCAUUUUUAUUGAUAGGUACAAGUCUUUGACGUUUGCUAUUUUAAUCAGGGAUCCUGAAGAUUAACAAUUCUGAAGUGAAACAACAUUAUUGGUUAUCUUUAUGAUGUUCAAUUAAAUCAACAUACCUUUUAAUUAACCAAAGUUUUUCUAAAUAUUCUGGGAGGUUUUUUGGUCAUUUAUUUGUGGGAAGUGAUCCUAAAUUUGGAUGUAAAACUGUUAAUCAUUACCUUUGUUUUUUAUUACACUAGAAAAAUGUACAAACCAUAUUGGAGAUUUAUUUUAUACUCAGCAUGCAUUGUGCUUAGUGAAAAGUGAUAAAUGUUUAAAAAAGUUUGAUAUUAGAACGAUCAGAUAAAAGAAAAAUAUUGCGGAUACUGGCGAUCUGAAAUACAAAUUGCUGGAGAGACUCAUCAGGUCUGGCAGUGUCAGUGGAGAGAAAAGCAGAGUUAAUACUUUAAGUCAAAUAUAACUUCAGAAUGAAGAGUCAUGCUGAAUUCAAAAUUUAAUUUUGUUUCUCUCUUCACUUGCUGCCAGACUUGCUGAGUUUCUCCAGCAUUUUCUGUUCUAAUAUCAGAGCAGUAGUUGUGGACCCAUACAUCAGUGACUGAUUAUAAAAGGUAUUUAUUCAGAUUUACUUUGCCUUCCCUCCUGUAAUUAUUGUAUCUUGCUGUAAAGAGAGAUUUAUUCCUGUUCUAGUUGGUCUGAGCUCAAGCAUUGGGCUUCCAUGCUGUAGAUUGUUUCCCUCAGUUUUUUGCUGCAAUCUAAACAGCUAAACCUGAGUCCAGUUGCACAGUGCAGUUUCCUCCUCCUAUGAGCUUCUCCCUUAUAUUUUCUUCUCAAGAGUCUCCCACAUUCUUGCUCUGGGAAUUAUUGUUCCAAGCCUUUAGCCAGCUACUCAAAACUGUAUUCAAGUUACAUAUUUUGAUUGUCGUAUAACAUAUCCUUACAGAAUAAUAAUAAACUUAGAGUGUGAGGAAUUAUGUACAUAAGUAUAAAUUUAUUACCAUAGUUUGCAAGAACUUCCCAGACUUUCCAAGCCUUUAAAGAGGCUAUAUUUAAACUUUUUUGUUGGUAUUAUCAAUAGAAAAUAUUAUACAUUGUCCCACUAAUGUAAUUUUCCCAAUAAGCCAUUUCCAUGAUAUUACUAUGUAGAAAGUUUAAUUCCGCUAUCAGCAGCCACCUUAAACUGAUGACAUGCAGCCGAAUACAAUGACACAUACAGGUGUAUGGCAUAAAUCCUAAGGAGCAAGACUGAAUCUGAAUUUGUCCUUUUAUAUAUUAAUUGCUGAAAUUUUGUAAUUAUUUAGUUAAAUUCUAAAUGAAUUGCAGCCAUUCCUUUCACAAAGAUUGUGAAAUGUUCUUUAAACAACAAAAAAUUGGUCAUGACAUGAUCUCGCACUGUCUGCAAUGGCCUGUAGUUACAGAAAGACUUUGCCAAUUUUUUAAGGAAUUAUAGAAAUUACAUUUGUGUUACAAAAAGUGAUGACUUUAUGGUUUUCUUGGAGGUGCUAUUUAACUAAACUUAAAUAUGGAUUUCUUCCUCUGUCCUCAGCUUCUCAGUAUUAAUCUGGAUUACAUUGCUCAAAAUUAAGUUAACAAAUCUAUUACAGUGUUAAACAAAACUUGUAGAUGCCUUCUGAUUUAAUUUGUGCACCUGUCACAAUUUUGUUUCAUUUUGUUUCAAUACAGACUAAUGGUUUAAAAAUGUUGCAUUGUUUAAUAAUUUAUAAUAAAGAUGGUUACUGUUCUGCCAGUAACGAGACCUGUACUAAAAGAUAGUCUGGAGUACGCAAAAAUCUGAAUAUCAAUGCAAACAUCAUAAACCUAGAUGCUGGAAAUAUUCAGCAGGUCCAGCAACCUCCGUAGAGUGAAAACGUUCAUCUUUCAGGACAGACCAAAAUGUAUAUAAUUGUGUACAGGAUUGGGGAGCUCAACAUCUAUGUUGGCCAGUUCAAGACCUUGCUGAAUUUCUUUACUCAAUAUGCCUGUGUUCUUUGUUAAGGUAUAGUCCACACAAAUGCACAGCAUUAAAGAAUACAUUCUAGAGUUGGUUUCAAUAAGUUUAAAAAAAACGACAAUUGACGUCAGUUUAAUUUCUUUGAGAUCUUACAACCUUUCUUGCAUUUUUAAUGCCCUGUAUUUGACAAGGUUAUUUUAAAUGUUGUAGAGCCAUUGAAUCAAUUUGCCAGAAUCUUAAACAUAAAAGAAAACUAAUAUAUUUCAUGUCAGAAUUGUCCUCUUACUAUUAGAUUUGCUGAAUUGCUCGCCUUUAUGAAUGUAACGACUGAAGUAUAAAAUAUGGUUUACAUUUGCCAUUGAUGUUUAUGAUUAUUCUAUCAGUGCAAGUAGUAUUUACUUAGAUUUGAUGUUAGGCUUGCCAGUAUACUACUAAAUAUUAAACCUAUGAUCAUAUGAUCUUUUAUCACCAGAAUAACCUUAGAACGGAAGAACAGAAAAUAGACAACGAAGAUCAUAACAUCCUUUUAUUUGAGUAAUGUGUUUCCAGGAAAAAAAAUUGAAAAUAAUAUUCAGUAUUAUCGUAACUAUAUAUUGUUUUAAAAUACUGGGUUUUUUUAAAAAAGGUUAUUUUGGCUGUGUUUAGCAAAAUAUACAAAUAUUGCACCUGCUUGUUGAUGGCUUCCUUUUUUUUGCUCCCAGAUCAGUUUUAUUUUCCCACAAUAAACCCAAAAAUCAAUAUUCGAACCAAUAUUUGAAAGAUAUCAGCACAAUACAGAUACCCAAUGAAGUAACUCCAUUUCUGUAAAACAGUUUUACUAAAU